AGGAAGGUUUUGGCGUAGUCCAGAAAUCCCCAGGUUCUGGGUCCUUACUCCACAACAGGUAGGAUUUCCAUUCGGAGUCUUUAGAAACGACUUUUGUAAUUAAAGUUUAUCCUGUAAGCUGAUGUGGAUACUAAGGUUCCUAACAUUUAGGACGAAAAUUCAUACUACCUACCAUUACCAUAGUGAAUGCUACAAUUUUUCCGUUGGGCUUUUUAGCUUAACUACCCAUAACUUUCUACAUUGGCACAGUAUUCCUGUUGUGUUUACACACAAAUAUGCUUUUAAAUACAGUAGAUGUCUUUGAUAAAAUAAUGGUAACUUCUGUCACGGACAAUAAACAGUUCAUCACCGUAUUUCUAUACUUCUACGUAGUUCUUUGCGCCAGCAAAAAUUUCGCCAGAUAUUGAUGUAACCCAUGAAGGUUAACUCCUCUAACCGAUCUUUAAAGGUGUCAAACUUAUGAUUUCCGUUUCAGUGACCAGGUUGUUGAAUUAUAUUGUCCUAAGUCAUCUUUUCAAAUGGUUCAGUUACUCCUUGUGUCCAAAGCGUCCCCUACGUCAAAGUCAUUUUGACAAAAGAGUGGUGUCAAUGCUUUAACACAGUAUGAUAGUUAAGUAAGUCGACUUUGGGUUAGCUCUGUUGAUUACUCCAGUCACUGAAUCACAUUUUUCGUACUAAGUAUUUUAAAAUCAACCUGUUCAUUAUUUAUUAUUUUAACACAUAGAUAUUGGUCCAGGGAGGCACCAAAUACAUAUGCGCCACACAGAACUCAUUUGAUAUGUGUGAGGGCUGUGAUACUGCACGGGUGCCCAAACCGAAGGAGGUGGUUUUCUUAGGGGGCCACACCCCGAGCCUUUCACCUGAAGAUCUGAUCCACAAGACAGUAGAGCAUCGUGAGGAGACGCAGUCCCAUGGUAGCCGGUGACCAACGAUUGGUUCAUACGCCAUUUGUUCCUUCAGGAUACUGUAGCCAGCCCAUGUGCACCAUUGAUUUUGGAUCCGGUUAAAGCGCCGGACAUUCGCUUUUUGUCUUCUCAUUUUCGUAAACAACAGUAAUGCCACGAGAAGGCAGUGAGUAGGACUUUCCCGGCAGAGGUUAUAUACGCAUGGCCAUGUGAGAGCAUUUCGAGAAGGAGAGCGGCCUCUCCCCACUCUCGGCCGUACCAGGGCAUUUGGGGGCCAACCUGUUCAUUAGGAGUCUUGAUCAGUUAAGAUGGCUUAUCAUUAUCCACUCCUUCAAUGUUCCUGCUUCCUGUCAAUUGGUCAACGAUAAGUGCCUCAGGGUUAUUUCUCAUCGCAACAAAAAGCCCUUUUGUAACAUUAACAACACGGUAAGAUAGAAACGAUCUUUAAUUAAAUAUUAUUAAUUGGUUGGUUAUAUACUUUUAUUUGGACAGUGGCAGUUAGUGAAGCUGAUUAAUCUGUGAAUCUCGUCGGGAAUCUACUUCGGUGGCGAUUUUAGCUAACUGAUCAAGUUGCUCAUUACACCAUAUAAACGUAUUAUCUGGAUAAAUGAUUAAGCAAGUUCACCCUUAAAACUAUUUGGUAUUCAUAAGGCAUAUAUGACCAGUUAAUGUGACCGGCUUUUGUUUUUAUGGUUAUCAUGUUAUGUUUCUCCUUGAAAUAUGUGUUUAAACUCGUAGCUUCAGUUAAAAUAAAUUUAUUCAUCUUAACUCUGGUUUGUUCGUCCGUAGAUUCAGAAAGAUGACUGCAGAUUUGACCGAUGAGAGUCUCUUCCCGAUUGCUAUUCUCAUUGAUGAGUUAAGAAAUGAGGAAAUGCAAACUCGUCUGGCUAGCAUCAGAAAACUUACUACUAUUGCUCUUGCACUUGGUCCAGAGAGGACAAGAACAGAAUUGAUUCCAUUCCUAACCGAUACCAUAUAUGAUGAGGAUGAGGUACUUAGGGAGAUGGCCAAACAAUUGGCAGACUUUGUUCCAUUGGUUGGAGGACCUGAAUAUGUCCAUUGUCUUCUACCACCAUUGGAAGGACUUGCAUCUGCAGAAGAAACGGUUGUGCGGGAUAAAGCUGUGGAGACGUUGCGAACACUUGCACCUAGUUUCUCACCCAAGGAUUUGGAAACUCACUUUCUCCCACUGAUCAAGCGUUUGGCAACAGGUGACUGGUUUACUAGCCGCACUUCUGCUUGUGGACUGUUUAGCGUGAUUUAUCGACAGUCUUCUACCGCUGUCCGUGCAGAACUGCGUCGUGCCUUUAAGCAGCUUUGCACUGACGACACUCCUAUGGUCAGGCGUGCAGCUGCUAACCGACUCGGGGAACUAGCUCGUUGUUUGGAACUAGAUGCGUUACGUUCUGACCUGUUACCGCUAUUACCUCCUCUUUCCCAACAGGAUGAUCAGGACUCUGUACGAUUACUGGGUGUGAAUGCGUCAGUAGAUUUUGCUGAAGUUCUUCCUACCGAAGAUGUCUUGACACACAUCAUUCCUCUUAUACGGGGAGCUGCAGAAGAUAAAUCUUGGCGAGUCCGUUAUCAAUUAGCUGAUCACAUUACUGAUCUACAGGCUGCAGUAAAACCCCAACUUGCUGGACAGCAUUUGGUAGACGUUUACCAGAUCCUGCUGAAAGAUCCAGAAGGAGAAGUUCGCGCAGCGGCUGCAGGCAAACUGAAAAAGUUUGCUUCGUCUCUAGCCCCUGAUAUUCGGGAAUCUGUAAUUAUGAAAACAUUGUUACCUAUCAUUCGGGAAAUGGUCGGUGAAACUAAUUUACAGGUAAAAACGGCUCUGGCCGGUGUUAUGAUGGCUUUAGCUCCGCUGCUGGGCAAGGAGAAUACAUUAGAACAUCUUCUUCCAUUACUCUUGAUUCAAUUAAAGGACGAAAAUCCAGAUGUCCGUUUAAAUAUUAUAUCUAAUUUAGAGUGUGUAAAUCAAAUUAUGGGAAUUACCCAACUUAGUCAAAGUCUACUUCCUGCCAUUGUUGAAUUGGCCAGUGAUACAAAGUGGCGUGUUCGUCUAGCAAUAAUUGAGUAUAUGCCACUAUUAGCCAGUCAACUUGGUUUGCAAUGUUUUAACGAGCGACUCACAAAUUUAUGCUUGGGUUGGCUAGUAGACGAUGUAUACGCUGUGCGUGAAGCAGCUGUAACAAAUUUACGAAAACUUAUGGAUCAAUUUGGAGUCGAUUGGGCCAGUUCUCAAAUUAUCCCUCGUCUCAUACAACUCUCUUACGAUCCCAAUUAUCUUCGUCGAAUGAUUUGUUUGGCAUCCCUUCACCAGCUAGGUGAAGCUCAGUCUUGUCGAUCGGAAUUGCUGCAGAAACAUUUACUUCCUACUAUAGUUCAACUGGGUCAAGAUCCUGUACCAAAUGUUCGUUUCAAAGUUGGUCAAAUUUUGGGCAAAAUUGGCCAUCUUCUGGAUGCAUCGACUAUACAGACAUUUGUUAAACCAACGUUAGAAAAACUGGGCUCUGAUUCAGAUCCAGAUGUUGUUUAUUAUGCCAAAGAAUCCAGCGAGUUACUUCAUCUUUCAGGAAGAUGAAAGCUAUGUGAAGGAACCCUACGCGUUUUAUUCUAUGCACAGGAUAACUAUGAUAUUUAAAUACAUGUAAAUUGACAGCAUCUCUGGUACCUUCCUUUCAGAGUAGUGAUGCCCUGUUAAUAAAGUAAAUGUGAGCUUGUGUGUUUGUCGUUCUUGUUCAAUUGUGUCUGUGUAUGUGCCUUAACGUAAACUAGUUGCAUAUGUUCGUAUUAGUUAUUAAAUUCUGUUUUCAUUACUAUUUUAUUGAAGAAAACGAUGAAGGAAGUGCAUGUCGUCGUUUAACUUAUUUAUUGUCAACUGCAUGAAAGUAGCUUGCUUUCAGAAAGCAAAACUCAAAUAUUUGUGAUUCGUCUUUUCUUUUUAAUUCAAUAAAACGUCGGAAUACAA